CAAGAUCUGUCAUUGAAAAGGUCGUACGUACUCCUCCUGAGCCAGCUAGUGUGCUUCUUGGUGAACAUAUACCUCAUUUUGUAUACGGUUGGAAAUGACUCACUCGGUCUCAACUUGGGGACAAUAUCUGGCCACGCUUGUGAUAAAAUGGUUGACCAAUCUUUAAUCGCGAAAGAUUAUGCGUGUCGAUUUUUAAACAUCCUGGAAAAAUCUAAUAUUAACCUGGUGCCCAUGGAGACUGAAUUCGACGCACUACAAGCCAUUCAAGUAGGAAGUAUAACAGGUUACUUAAAGUUCCCAGGAAAUUUUACUGAAAACAUGCUGAAACGGCUUGUCUGGAAUGUUCAUGCCAAUGAAGAAAUCUUAAAUGGAUCAGAUAUUUCGAUUCGAUUAGAUAAUUCAGAAUAUAUGAACUCCUACUUUGUUACGAAGACAUUGUAUGAAUCCAUGCAAAAGUUGAUUCAACAAAUUGCGACAGAGUAUGGAAUUGAUGAAAGGGCAGUUAAACUACCAUUUUCGUUUAACGCCGUCUACGGAAAUAUGUCCGACACCUGGAACACGUUCUUCGUACCGAUGUUCCUUUUUAUAAUGUGGGCCCUCUUAUCGACAACAAUGGGAUUUCUGCACGUUUUUGACACCAAUGAUGGCACAUUAACCCGCACGAUGGCGACGGGUGUCGACUUUCACCAAGUGAUUCUUUCCUAUUACAUCGCCGACAUUCCGAUAGCCAUAAUUCAUGCCGGAUUGAUCAUUUCGUCCGUCUGGUGGGAUCGGGGUGAUGAAAUAAGAGGAAGUUGGGCAUUAAUCGGUCUCAUCUUUUAUCUGACCAGGAUUGUAAUUAUAGCACUUUAUCAUAUGCUUGCGUCACUGAAAAUCUCCGUGAAGGAUACACUUCUGGCAGGAAUUUCUCUAAUGCAGAUUUACAUAUAUGCCUCAGACACAGUUUGGCCCAUCGAGUCUGUCGUGUGGUGGUACCGGUACUUCUGCUUCUGCCUUCCUCUCACCUUCCCGAUCCGCGUGUUACGCUGUAUCAUGAUCAGAGGGUGGGGCAUAACGCAUCCCGCUGUGUUUUUUAAUGGAAUCUGUUACGGGAUAGUUUGCAUGAUUGUGUUAAUAGGUACAACUUUUCUGCUUGAGAGGAGAAAUAAGAAGAAAUGAUUAAAAUAUGGGAGUGUAUGCUUAAGGUAGAUUUGUACAUACCCAGGAAAAGGAUGUUUGAAUAAAUUUGUUAAACUGUUGAACUUCAAAUCAAAUCAAAUCUUAGAUAUACCAAAAACUCCUUAAAAUUGAAGUCUCUAAAUACCCCUAUUUAUAAACCAAUAAACGAUCAGUGCAAUUUGUACGAGUAAGUAUAAAUUAUUUUGUCACUAGUGUAGAAGCCCGUCAAUCGACGUGCAAAAUAGGCCCGUGGAUAAGCCCGUUACCCCAACAUUAGUGAAAUUAGCCUCUCCUGUUCUCUCUGCAGGAUGGAGAGAGAAAAGGAGAGGCUAACUUCUCAAAAAAGCCACCGACCCAGCAGCGAUACACUCGCCUGCUUUAUAUAGUUUAGAUCUUUAUAUUUCAUCAGGUUUCAUCUUUUCUAUUAAUAUGUGUGGUUGCUAUAGCAAAAUUUUCAGGAAACCAUUUAUCUAAAUCAAGUUCCUUUAUGCUAUCCUUACAUAUGUAUGUACUUUGAAACGUUUAAAAUUCAAAUCCACCUUGAAUUUCCGCUUUUUUGGGAAUCAUGCCUGUUUGCCUGAUAUUUUGCGCUUUUGAUGUCUUUUUGCCGCUUUCUUUAUGUUCCUACAUAUACGGGCAUUGCCUGGGCCAUUGAUGAAUUUUAAUAAUUACAAGAAACACUUGU